AUGAUAACGCCAAACAACGCAGGAUGGGCAGGCGGUCAGAUCGGAUUUAACUUCCCACGGUGGCGGCACAGCUUCGAUAUGGUAGGAGAAAACCUGUUUCGGUAUUGUACUGUAGUGUCCCCUUCGGUUAGUGUGCUGCUCCAUGUUUUCCAAAAAGACGCAAUGCGAGGAGUUACGCAGCUUACAGUGGAGCAGAGAAAGGCAUCCAUUGCUGUAAAUGUCACCAAGCCUCUUUUCUCUAUUUCUCUGUCUAAUACUUGGUAACUGCAUCCUAACAUUACACUGUAUUUCGCUUUGUGACGUGUGCCCUGGAGAGAUAGAUCACAAAAUGCCAUUGUAAAAUCACCCAAAUAAAGGAUUAUUUACACGCUGUGAAGUGUACAUACCUUGCACAACACAACAUAAGAACACUUUGUAUUUGUCCAGAGCCACUCUUAAAUUCGGCAAAUACAUGAUAAGCAAAACAUCAUAUAAUGUCAAUAGUUCUCCACUUUUAUGACCGGUACACUCGCUUUUCCAACUGGCGUGUACCGUCGAAAACACUUUACGUUAGCAGAAGUGAACAGUGGGAAACUGUGAAAAACUAGACAUUUUGCCAACAUUAAGCUUUUAUUGUGUACAAAGUGAUCGCCGAAUUUGAGGAAAAGGUACUCAAACUUGUGAUAGUUUAAAGUUUCAUCUUAGAAACAUUUAAGUCUGACACAAACAAGUCAACUUGAAAGUGUCAUAAUUUUGAAUGGAGUUCUGAAUGAUGUCGCCUCCUUGCCCGGGAACCGGACGUUUUUGCCAUGAGCUGGUUCUAUCCCGCAGGCAAAUAGAGUGGACAAAGUGUCAUAAAGCGUGUAAGGACGCAUGCAGACCCGGAUGAUAGUCGUUCAGUUUGUGGCUUUUACAGAUGAACGUGUAGCAGCAGGCCUGUCUGCCCCUUUUCCGUUCAUCACUCGGGACGGCGGAAGGCCAAGUUGAAGUUCAGGCAAGCCUCCUACUGGCCUGUGUGUUUGCGCGUGCCCGUGGAUGUAUCAGUGUGUGUGUAUGAGUGUGUGUAUGAGUGUGUUUGUGUGUGUGCGUACCAGCGUGUAUGUGUGUGCGUGUGUGUAUUAGUCAGCAGAAAAUGGCCGCAGUUAGAGCCAGCCGACUGAGUAAGAAAAAAAGCCGACAGAGGGCUUCCUGUCCCGGCAUACAGCUGGUGCAAACAGCGGUGCUGGGAGAAAUAAAGCUGCAGAUGGCAGCUGUUGCAGCCCCGCUAUUUCUCUUAUCUCGCCCAGCACGUCAAAUUUCCGUGUUUACAUUUCAAAAGGAGACACUUAACAGCUCACUGUGGAGCAAUAUUCCUGCAUCACUAUACCCUUUAAAAACAGGGAUCAAACUUGUAGUGUGAAUAUCUAGUCUGUGUCUGAGAGUAAGUUCACUUUAACACAGAUCCUUUGGCUUAAAUAAUUUUUACAUCAUACAGUUGAAUUGCAAAAAAAGCACAGGACUGUCUCCGGCUUUAACCAGGCAAUUACAAACACAUGUAACAACAUUAGCCUUUUGUGGUGGUUGUGGCAGUGAUCAAUUGGCACAAGUCUUUGCUUGUGGUAAAAGAAGUUUAUAGAUAGACAUACAAAUACUUGAAAAUGCUGCUGCUGACACUGCUGGAUUUUAUCAGUCCAAAUAGCCAAUUACAUCCCAAGUCUAUUGGGAUUUUUUGAAAAGGCAACUAAAUCAUUCAGAUAAGUAUAGUGGAGUUAGUUAUUAUUGUUGUUUUUUUCCCUUUUUCACAGUAAUCCCCUCUGAAAUAUAACGGACUAAAGUGAAGAAAGAGGUUUACUGAAUGGAUAGACUGAACUACAUAAAAUUAUCUGGUAUUUUAGAACCUGAGAACUCCACACAGUUUUCACAUAAAAAUAUUAAUAUCUCUUAAAGCAAGCCCUUUACAGAACUAUCAAUUUAAAGAGAAAAAAAAACAAUGAGCUGAUUACUGUGUGGUAAAAUGGCAGCUUUAUGACAGAACAGUUCUUGCAAUUAUAGAGAGUACAUCAUCAUUUUCUGCGUUAAGCAGAUAUUCAACUACUUGGAUGCCAUGACUCUGAGUGAUCACUCCUCUGAGGUGAUGAGCACAUGUGAUUAGGUGUGUUCAGAGACACUCUUGUCAUCACAUAGCAGUUAUAGUGAUCAUAAGGAUUUAGACUUAUUUUUUUUUUUUGGUAUGAUAGGCAGAUUCUCAAGUUUGGACCCAGGCAAGCAAGAAACUCAAAUACCUAUUGACUAUUCACUAUUUCUCUGGUUAGUAGAAUUUUCUAGAGCUUUGUUUAAAUGUAUAACAUCAGCCAUGAGAGAUACAAAGAUAUAAUCAAGCUUCUAGAGUUACCUUAUUGUUUGAUUUUGUUUUCAUGUGCGUAUAUGUGACUCACAGGUCAAAGUCUUCAUUUUAGGUUACUUUGAUUGUUUCUGCAUCAUCUUGUGAUUUCUGGGGAUUGAUGUCACUUUUGACAACCAAUAAAAGGGUAAAUAUGUGCAAAACAGAUACAUAUGGGCUAAUGUGCGCAGUUGUUACAGUAAAGCUGAUCCUUUAAUUAAAUGUAGAGUGUACAGGGGUAGAUUUUAGAGGGAAAGUACAGCUUCUGUGGUUGUAUGGGAAGAGCUGCAGGCAGUGUCAUUUCAGUUCUCUUCCCUCUCUUCACGACACAGUUCCCCAUCCUAUACUGCACCCCUAGCCAUAUUUUGCUAAGCUCGACUAUACUGAACUUUCUCUGUGUUUUUCCCCCUGCAGGGUAUCAUACUGGGUCCUUAACUUUUCUGCUGUGUCAUCAUUUGAAUGGUUAAGGGAGUAGAGUUAUCUGCAGGAAUCAGAGCUCUCUCAUAUCUGGAUUCUUCAAAAAACACAAACCUUGAACAGCAUAGGAAACACUGCGUUAUUUUUAACCUCAUUGCACGUAUGCUUACAUGAAUUAGGGAGGAAGAUCAUGAUAAAUCGUGCAAAAACAUAUACAGUUGCAAUAGAAAACUUGAAAGAGCUGUAUAUGCACACUCAUAUCCUGGUCUGAUUCAGGCUGUGUCAGCAAAAUGAUCUUUUCUUCUCUUCCCCUGUCUCAGGCAAAACUGCACUUAGCUCUUGUUACCCAACACUUUAUUACUGUUUUUGCACAAGACGAGUCACUGAAGAAAUGCUGCAAUACUCAUGAAAUGAUGUUAAUUUGAUGGUGCAAAAAGCGUAUAAAAGAAUAAAAACAACAACAAUCUAAUCAAUCAAUCAAUCACCAUCAUUAAAUUGAGGGCUACGGUUGUUGUCCCUGUGUGGAUCAGGUCAUCAUGCAGUUUUGUGGAUUUAAAAAAAAUCAGGGGCAAGUAACCUUUUACAUGACUAUCUAGUGAGCUACAAGUAGGAGAAAGAUGUGUGUUGAUGUUUGAUGAUCUCAAACCCAACUAAAUUUAAAUGACUAUACAAUUUAAAACUAUAUAAAAUUCUUGCCCUCCGUUGCUUUUAAGCCAUCUAUAUUGAUAUUUCUCUGUUUACACACAAUCAUGUCCUCUUGAAUGCAUCAUAAAAAGAGAAAAAAACGGACUUAGCCAUAUCAGUUUUUGUUUUGGUCCCAACUCAAAGUAUGAGAGUCACAGGACCAGUAAGCAGCACAGCAGUCAUUCAGUAAGGAUAUUAUUGUAUCAGGCCCUUUCUGAAUAAACACAAGAGAUCUUUCACAACACAAAGUUCUAAAAGAAGAGUUUCCAGUGUCCCAGGUCCACUGAGGAAAAGGCUUCUACUCUUUUGAUUUACUAGCUCUGAGAACUGCUUGCAUAAAGCCUGUAUUUGGUAGACUGUUGUGCCUGCUGCACCUGUCUGUUGUGUUGAUAUUGAAUACCAUAGUAGGCCAUCAGUAUUGGCUGUGGUUCCAUACUCUGACUGCUAACAGUGUGUGUGUCUGUGUGAAUGAGUGUGUUCUGAGACUGGACUGUUCGACCAAGACAGUAGUGACUAUAAAACUUGACUUUGAGGGAGAACAGGCUGGGCGUACCGGACCUGGUUGAACAGACUAAUCGACAGACCUCAAACAUACUGGUUAAUGAGAUUAGAUUUUUCUGUUGUUUCUUCAUUAUUACUCAUCUUUUAUCUUUUGCUGUGACGGCAAACUGUGCUCUCAAGAAAAGAUACUCCAGCUAAAGUGGAUUUAGAGACUUGGGACUGAGCAGUUGAACCACAGAUACUAAUGGUAGCGCUGUUUUUGUACCCUUAUACUGUAAGGGGAUGGCAUUAUGCUUAAGAGGCUUCAGUAUGUCAUAAGAUAUCCCCCUGCACCCUGGUGGACAGUCUGCCUCUGUUAGCUAUAAAUAUAUUUCUAACUGCAUUAUCAUUACUGUGUGUCUCUAUGGAAAAACAUUGAAAUCCUGAUGAUUAAUGUGCCUGCAAUGCUGUUGUCAUCUUCUAUUUGUCAGUGUACCAUAACUCUACGAACAGCCGCAGUAAGACAGACUUUUGUGUAUAAUAUAAAUGAGCAGGGAUCACACACAGGUGCCCUGCUCGCUCCCUCAUCCCCUCCUCAAGCAGAAGAGGGGUGCUACACUUAAGCCAGCAGCUCAUUUUACAUAUCUGCUAUUAUUUAAGAUUCUCAGGAAACAGAGUAAAUAAAGAUGACAAAUUUAGGGAAACUUUUAUUAAACGUGUUUGUGAACAAUCAGUGUAAGCUAUGAUGUACUAGCCUGGCUGGGCCAUCCAGUUGCGUGAAUCACUUGCCGUUCCUUCCCAGAACAGUCUGGACUUCGGCCUAUUGGAAGCGUGUAUUAGAAAUCAGAAAAUAACCGGGCCAAUCAGUGACUGUGUUUCCACUGUUCCCCUGACAACAGUGAAAUGCAGCCCCUGAUUGGUCCAUGUGUAGAUGGGAUGGUGAAGUCUAACACAUGCUGCGGGACUUUUCAAAGCGCCGUUAAUUCUGCAGUUGACUUUGCAAAGUCGGCAGAAAUCAUUUAUAUCCGCAGAAGAAGACGUAAAAGACAUUGUUUGCUUGUACACGUUGAAAUAUUACCAAACCUUUACUUGAUGCUUGAGAGCCCAGCAGGGAACACAGUUGCGCACUGUGAUGACGUCAGAUGUUUGGUUAGGGUGAUUGGUUACAGUAGUCUGUCUAUCAAGGAAAGUACUCCCGCCCACUUUUAGGGCUCCCAGUUGGCCGAAGUCCAGACUGUUGUGGGAAGGAACGGCAAGUGAUUCACGCAACUGGAUGGCCCAGCCAGGCUAAUGAUGUACUGGCAAACUAGCAUCUUGUGCUAACUACCUUAACCAGGCUGGAUAACAAGCUGCACAAAUGAGCAGAUUGCAUGUUGCAUUUAUACGUAACAAUCAAGAGUUUGAAAAUGUAUCGGACCCCCGGCUCUCCUCCCACUUCGACUAAUAAUUUUGUAUGUAUAUUUCCUUAUAAUACAGACUCAUAUCAGUCACUGUUUAGCCAUGCUACUGUUGCUCAUCAGCUCUCCUUAAUGCCUGUUAAUGCUCAUUAAACGUGUAACUGCACUCUCCAGGCUCCCUCUGUCCCUGUUCUAACACACACACACACCUGAUCCUCUUGCUCACAGUCAGCUUUAGUAAAAUUGUUUUCUGCACUCUUAGUUUUGGAUCAUCGUCAGAUAUGCUUCACCGCAAGCGGAUCACAUUUUGACACGAAUGAAAUCACUAGUGAAACUUAAACUGUGAAUUGCGUUGUUUGGUUGAUUUUUAUAAAAUAUACUGUUGAUAGCUUUUAUCAAGAGAGAAAACACAUACAGGGCAAAAACAGUAGGAGGUAGGGCAGGAGCAGUCACGGUGUUAGAGGUGCAGGCUGAGUGUGUGUUGGUAUCUGGGUGUGUAUUAAGAAGAGAGCUGUAGGGAAUGAAGACGAGCAGAUCAUUGUUUGCCAACAAAUAUUAGCAUCACUCACCAGGAGAAUAAAAAGAACAUAAUGGUGAGCUGCUGAGUUGAGUAAUGCUUAGAGUCAGAGAUCUUUAUUUGAUGAGCAGCUUAUGCAACUUUAUUUACCACCAUGGACAGCAUACUGGCUUAAGUAGUGGGCAGUGUACCAAUCUCAGUCCUAUUACAAUGGACCACAACAUGGAUUUUGCAAUAGUGUCACCACUGGUUUGAAUGCAUAGUUUGUCUUUCACCCAUGUUACGAUUGAUGAUGUAGCUUUACUUCUCCCAACACAGAUGCAGUCACGGUGUCGGGUUUAAAAAAAAAGUGAUGAAAGCUGUGUCUCCUUCUUGUGUUUGAGUGAGUGUCAGUGUUAGCAAUGUAUAAGUGCAUUUGGGCGCAGCAGUCAGGUAAGCUAGUGCUCUUUUCUCUCAAAGUUUAAUGUUUCAUUUCUGACAGACUUUUCACAUUAUAGUCCCUGGUUAUUUUGUUGUUGACAUACCUCCACUCUGAAACAGUGACCUCAGUAAAUGGCACAUUUUCAGCAGUUGCUUAACAUGGCAAAAUACAGAGAGGGAAGAAGCAGAAAGAAAAGUUCAAAACACAGAGAUUUUACUUGAAAAGUAUGCGAUGACCUCUAGUUUCAGGCACAGACAUAAGGGGGGAUUGUAGUAAGUGGACAUAUGUUAACCUGGGUGAUCCCUGUACAUUUUGUAAUACCCUGAUAAAACACAUUCACUGCACUAAAACUAUAAUUUAGUUCUGUGAUGUAAAUUUUAAGUCCUGUAACCCACUUAUACCACACUUAUGAUGCCAAACUGACUAAAUACUGUUAUGAAACAUGCACAUCUGUCAAGGAUUACUGACUGAACAACUGCACAGUGGAUGUAUUCCUGUUAACCCCUUUUAACCAACAUUAACAGUCCUGUCAGACAACGUCACUUCUUAACCUCCACCUGAAGCUGUCAAGAACCUCCUGCAACUGCUCCUGCAGCCUUUGGAGGUCGUUCAUUUCUCCUCUCCUGGCACUCACAGGCUCCCAAAAGACCACGUUUACUUGAGUUCAAAGCUCUUGUCCUAAUAUGAGUACAGCAAGUAGGCAGCAGCCGGACUCUGGAACAGAAGUUAUAAAUAUAGUUGAAAAAUGAUGAAUGAAAAUAUGAAAAAGGGGUUAUAUGAGAACGUACAAAUGUGAGAUUGGACUGGAGGGCUGCAGAGAGGUGGUUGACUGUCUUUCCAGAGUGUUUGAAUGGCAGAUCCAGGCUGCACCGAGAUAGUUGUGGUGUUGUGUGUACAGCUGUUGCAAAUGCUCUUAUCUGUGAAUCUUUUGCUCAUUUCCUGUUGCAUUUACUCUGUUAAGUAUCAUAUACUGAAUGACGUGUGGUUUAGGGUUUGUAGUCUGUGAAGAGGUAUUAUAGGCAAUUUUUUAGUGACCAAUAUCUGUGGUCAAGUCUUUUUCCUUUGUAGACUCUUUAGAGGGUUUUUUCCUGUAAGAUUAGGUGCGCAAGUUGCUCAGUUAAGUUUGGGCGGUUGAAAAUGAAUAUCUAAUGAUCAUGCCUCUUUAAAAGCUUGAUUACCAUCUUUGUAUCAUGCAGAGUAUACAUGAUAUUAUUUAUUAGAAAAGUGAUUGACAAUGCAGUUAACUAUGCAGAAUCAGAUAGUGAACAACCAACAGAUAUCUGAGUGUUUUUCUCUCCUGGGUCCAGACCUGAGAAUCUGCAGAUAACACUGAGCGGGUUGUUUCAUUUUAACAGAGGGUAAAGGGAGUUAGUUCAGAUUCAGUCUGAUAUCAGACCAGACUCUGUCUGGCCCAAGCUUUAUUAGGAGUGUGAAUCUCAAAAAAAAAAUAGCUAACAAAUAAAGAGGUGGAGGGCAGCGGUUUGGAGAAUUUGGAGGCCCCAAGCAAAGAACAACGUUAGGCCCUGACUGAAUUUGCCUGUGGUGUUUGAGAUGGACUUAGAAUUUUCCAUGUUAGCUGAUGUUAUGGCACAAGAGAGUCUUACCAAGGUAAGAAAUGUUUGUUUACACUGUGAAGAAGAGUAGAAGAUACUGUCAAAAUAAUGCUUGGUUAAACUGUGGUUGCUUUUAUGCUCACUGUAAUUUAACACAGCGCUGUGUUUUAGUGAGUCACACACUCGAGAACUUGAAAGAAGGGUUAGACUUUGUUUAUCCUACCUUUAGCUGUAGUCGGUUAACUAACUUAGUUUUUAUGUUUUUCUACCACGUCAAGAACCAGCAGACUGGUUUUGAUAGCCACAUAGACCGAGCUAGUAACAAAUGAGGCUGCACUGAAUUACUGUUUAUUUAAAAUAGUUGUUGAGCAAUUUCUCAUUUACUUAAGGAAACUUUGACAGAAGUAUUACAUGACAUUAUGAUAAGUUCAAUAUCACAAAACUUCAUUAUGAAGAAGUUUCAAAAUAAACAUGGGAGUGGGUGUCUUUUCUAGUAACAGGGCGUGAUCCCCCCCAUGUCUUCUUCUGUGGUACCAGUCAAGUCACUGUCAUCAAUUGUGUGUUAGUGUGUGACCAUGCUGGCGAGAAUGGGUGAGUAGUGCCAGGAAGGAGAACAGGGUGCACUGGGGAGAUGGUAGAUGCUUUGUCCACAAGGACCCUGCAGGAUCUACCAUCUAUCAUUCAGUAUUAUUCAGAUAGCUGUCCUACCACUGCUUAAUGUCCUUGGAGGGCAUUGGACAGCUACUUGUCCUCUCACUCCACCAUUGUUUCCCUUUAGCUUUAAGCUGGUUCUAGACAUUUUCAAGUGAUGUGAUUUGACAAGGCACAUCUCACCAGUCAGUUUGUAGGAGUGGGAACCUGAUUGGUUACAGUGGUGGGGCAGAGGAAACUACUUUGUCUUCUUCCUCAUCAUUGUCGUGGUUUGCUGCUCUGACUUGAGGCUGAUGACCAUCAACCAUCAACAGGGUCAUAUGAGGAGCACAGGUUUGACUUGUUGACUUCUACAUGGUGAAGCCUCACUGAGAGAUUUGGGCAUGUUUAGGCAAUCAUGCUGGCACUGAUGCUUUGGGGAUAACCCCUAAAGGGAUUAUGGAGAGCCAAGCUCCUCUCUUGCUGCAGUGGGGAAUCUGGGUAGCCACACUGGGCAUGCAAUUACAUGUCUGCAACAUAGGUGCCUAGGGCCCACCCCUUUCUGAUGUUGAAGUCCAGCUAGCUUGUUCCAGCUCUGUUAUGCAAACAGCUGCCACCCAAAUUGGCCGUGUAACGUUAAAACAAGGGUCUUGCUGAAGCUGGAUCGUGGACUUUAAGAAAAUCCCUUCCCUCCACUGCCAAAGCCAGAUAGACGGAAGCUUGGAUGUUGUUCCUCCCCUUAUGCAAUCCUGCCAACUGGAACAGUGCGAGGUAUGGCUCUAACAGUGUUGUUCCAUCUAAGUUCUGCAGCUUGGCCGACGUUGCUGGCUGCAGAUGCCAAAGAUUCUGCCAAGCUGCUGCAUUAGAAAGCCAGGGGUUUUUGUUACUCCCAACCACCAGGAGGAUAAGUUGCUGUGGUGUGCCAGGGCCUCAGUCUUCCUGGUUGCCAGGGGUAGAUGAGCCCGCAUUGCAGGUACUCCUGGCUGACGGGUGGUGGAGCAAUGGUACACUAGAACCAUCAGGUGAUACUGGAAGGCUCUUAUCACUAAUUGGCUCCAGCUCCUGAAUCUCUCUCUGUCUUCUUUGCUCAAGCUCAAUUCCACUUCUGGCACCUAAAUAGUAAACUGGUGAGUUGAAUAUAUCUCACUGUCUGAGAGCUUCAUUGAAUGAGAAGUUUCUGUGCCACACACAGCAGGAGCCAGACUUAAGAGACAAAACGCCAGCCAGAGGUCCUUGUGAAUAAGUGAGUUUCCCCUUUGCCAGUGAUCAUACUAUAAGUUUUUUUUUAUCUUUCUCUUUGUGAGACCAAAAUUGCACCAGGCUCUGUUGAAUGGAUAAUCAGAGUACUAUCUGAGGCUCUCCCGCAGUCACAAAGAUGCUGCUCUGUUAUUAGAAGCAGAUUUUCAUUCAGAAUUUAUUCAAACAGAUUGUUUAUUGAAUGUCGUUGCAGUCUCAGAUAAGGAAUUUGCAUUCCUUUGCUUUGAUAUUUAAUGCUAAAUUGCAUGAUUGUCCAUUGUAAAUCUAUGAUUCAUUGCAAUCGCUUUUCUAGGUUUCCCCAUGCCUAAUAAGAAACAGUCCAAAAGUGCUCUGUGGGGUGCUUCCAAGGUGAAUGAAACAUUAAAACUUUUUGUUUCUGGUGCUUUUUAAAACUCCUUAGGUAGCUGCUCUCCUGAAGGAUUUAACAUCAAAAGUGCCCUUUGGCCCUUCCAGUGGAUAAGAUAAAAAGUGGUCACUGGAUGUCCUUCCAGUGGAUAAAAUGUAAAAACCUCUGAUUGUUCUUUCAGGGGUUAAAUGUAUGAAAGUACUGUCUAGCUGCCCUUCAAGCAGAUGUAAAGUGAAGGUGCUUUCUCGAUGCUCCCUCCAAUGAAUAGAAACUAAAAACAAGACUCAUAGAUCAUCUGAUUUUGUUGAUUAGAUUUAAAAAUUGCCUUUCCAGAUGCUUUUCCACUUGAUGAAAUGUAAAACUAUUAAGAUGCCCAUCUGUUGGAUAAAAAUAGCCUAAUAGAUGCUCCUCUAGUUGAUAAAAUGUUUAGUAAUAGCUCUUUUGAUGCUUAUGCAGUGGGUAUGUGGGGAAAAAAAGUGUCAUCUGGAUCCUAUUUCUGUAAAAAAAAAUCUGAAAAAACUGCACUAGGAAUUCCUUUUGGUAUUAAAAAAUGCUUUCUGCUUUGUUGCAGUUGAUGAAACAUGAAAUAGUGCCCUCUGGUUGUUCUUCCAGUGUAUAAAGUAAUUUUAAAAUGUACCCUUAUGAUGCUAUUCUACUAUACAGAGCAUUUAAAACAUACAAUCUGGGAGCCUCUUACAUAAAAUGAGAAAAAACAGCUCUCUGAAUGUUGCUCCAGUAAAAUAAAGGUAAAAAGUGUCCUCUGGAUGCCCUUUUAACGGAUCAACACUGAUUAAGUGCCCUUUUUGUAACUUAACCUCAGUGUUCAUCAUGUGUUUCAUUGGCAUGCAUAAUUUAUGAGAUUAAUAUCCUGACAAUUAUUGUUAAUUUAAUGUAGUCAGUCAGUCUAUUCUGUCAUUUGAUUUACAUUCAACAACCAUCAUUUGUUGUCACCAUGGAAAUCUUUGUAUCACCAUCGUUGAUGCCGUUGUCCUCAACAUGUCCAGUAUUAAUAUUAAUAAGAAUAAAGGUGUUAAGAAAAAAUCUGAGUCUACAACUUUCUUAAUGCAGAAAAGGACUCUGCUGAUGGUAUGCAGCUGUAUCACUCAUUCCACCACUGAGGGCUACAGAGGAGAAAAGUCUGCUUAGUGACCUACAGCCCUGAUGUAGGAUGAGAGGUUCAGUCCUGCUUUGGACUUGACACCGAGUUGUUCAAGCCAUGAGGGUUGUGUCAUCUGGUGGAAAUGAGGAAAAGAGUUACGUAGCUGGAAACAACAAUGAUAUGAGAAACCCCUCAGAGCGGGUCAUUGCAUCGUGGUUUAUACUAAGAAGAGAAGGGGACCAGACUCUGACAGUCCUGUUGUAAAAGCCAUGUUGUUGGGACACUCCUCUUUUCUUGGGGUGACUCCAAGUUAGUAGUAAAUGCACCAGUUCAAGAUAAGGAGUUGAUGUUGUGCUUCACUUCAGGGUUGUUGACUUUUGGGAAAGUUGUGUGCAGAGAGUUUGACGACAUUGGGUCAAAUGGACAGAUGGUAGGCUGAGAGUUCAGUAGAAGUGUGGAGGCUUCGGCCCCUGAGGUUUGAUGGUCCAGACGCUUUUUAACCUAAAGGGAACGAUAGAAGUUUUUGCUGAUAAGGGCUAAAGCCAUUGGACUCUGGAUUUAUGCUACUUUCUCACCAUGGCCUGAGCUCUGCCCAGCUGCCCUGCUCUUUGAGGAUUUCAGUGAACCAAAGAGAGGCUUGACACUUGGGGGCAGAGUUUGUCUGCCAGUGAGUAAAAGAGUUUGUCUGUGGCCAAGUUUUCAGAGGUAGAGCAGAAUUUUUUAGGGGGAGGCAUCUUGGCAAGGUUUAGAUAGCUAGGUCUGUGCGAAGAACCAAAUACUUCAGCGUAAUGAUGCUGUAGAGGAGCUCUAAGAAACCAUAGUAGGGAAACAGUGAAAGAAAUAAAGAAGUGAUCUGACAGGUGAAAAAGGAUUACCACAAGUACCACCCAAAAAAAUUAAAACUAUCACGCUUUUUUGUCUGUAUUUUCAAUCAUAGAAAAAUGGUGUGUACAUUUAAUUUUACAAGAAAGCUGGUUAAGAGGGGAAUUAGUCUGUCUGAAAUCGCAAACACAGUUGUACACUCUGUUCAGGUGUCACACACACCAAGUGAGUACAUUUGUUACCAUGUUUGUGUUCUGAGACUUUACAUCGUGAUAGUCAGCGGAGAGUGUGCAGGAGUUUACUUUCAUUUUUUUCAACUAAAAUUUGUGCCUUUGAAGAAACAUCUUUUAAAAGUAACACAACACCAUGGAAGUGUAAUCUUUUAAAGUUGAAAAGUAAUACACAGAAACAUUAUAUCAGUAUGAUACUUGAAAGUCAGGGGUCAAAGUAGUCAUUAUCAGAGGAGGCAGGAAGGAGAAAUAGAUUAUAUUUAUAUCUGGGUGGAGCAGAUAUCUCACAACACCUACAUUAAUCAGUGCAGUUGGUGUUGAAUCCAGGUUCUAGUCAGAUGAAUGUCAGACAGUUUUACAAGUGCUCUGAUUAAUUCUGUUUUUUUUUUUUUUUGCAACAGAUUAGCAGGUCCAAAGUCUACUUGUAACACAGGGCAGUCAGCAGGAGAGGUUUUUAGGGGUCUCAGUAUCUAUUGGAGAAAUGCUUUUUCUUUACCCAUGUAGUGUUAAACCAUAUGUUGUUUUUAAUAUUCAAACUGCCACAUGCACAUGUGCAAUCACAGGAUGUGCAAUGUCAUAAAGCCUGAAACAUCUAUAAGUCAUAGGGUUCAAAACAUGCAAUGCUGUCACCACUUCCUCAUUUCCUGAUUAAGAGCUACACAAAAAGUCUGCCUGAUCACUUUCUUACAGCCUUGAACAGAGAGCUGACCUCCGUGCAUGCGGUCUGUUUUUUUUUUUUUUAAAUCAAUCUUUAUUUAUAUAAAGUAAGUAAAACACAAGCAAAGAAGGGGACAUCAUGAGUAGGUAUAACUUACAACUUAUAAUUACUGUGUGCACUUUGAGAGUGUGAUUAAGCUUCUCUCUAUAUCUGUCUGUUUUGUAGGAUGAGUUUCAUCCGUUCAUUGAGGCUCUGCUACCCCAGGUCCGUGCCUUUGCCUACACAUGGUUUAACCUCCAAGCCAGGAAAAGGAAAUACUUCAAAAAACAUGAGAAAAGAAUGACAAAAGAAGAAGAGAGAGCCGUUAAAGAUGAACUGCUGGGGGAGAAGGCAGAGGUGGGACAAAUGAAAAUAGGAGAAAGACCUUUCAACUUUGAUUUGUAAAUAUACUGUAAAUUGCAGUGACUGGACUCAAAGCUAUUGUAACACAAAUUCAAUGAAUACUAAAUACAAGAAUAGCAAUGGACACCAAUUCCUUGAUGAUAUCAUUCUUUCCCUAGGUCAAACAGAAGUGGGCUAGUCGUCUUUUGGCCAAGCUAAGAAAGGACAUUAGACCAGAAUGCAGGGAAGACUUUGUCUUGUCAGUCACUGGGAAGAAAGCUGCAUGCUGCGUCCUGUCAAAUCCUGACCAGAAAGGCAAAAUGAGACGCAUAGACUGUCUCCGACAAGCUGAUAAGGUGAACUUGAUUCUGUCUGAUAGGUCAUAGUUUUUUCUCGCAACUUUUUUAAGUUCCACAUUCACAUAAUUCAGAUUUCCUAAGAAAUGAAGUACCGUAAAGUUUGACAGGUGUUGAAUUCAGGCAGUUUGCAAAAGUUUGUGAACAAUUAUUUUUUGUAAUGGAAGUCAAGUUUGGUGUAACAUGUUGGAAUUUAGUAUCUGUGUAAGUAAUUAAAGCAUGUUAACUGUUGCAGCUAUGUAAAGAACAUUCAAUUCAUAAUGGCACUACAGGAAAACAGAACAUGAAAGUAUUUCAUUUUAAAAAUAAUUAAAAAUAUUUUACUUCUGUUUAUAACACAGUGUAAAUACUAGUAAGUCAGUUACAUCUACAGACUUUUCCAUAAACAUAUGAAGCCAUAACUGUGAAAUGAAUGCAAGCAGUUGUUGUAUGAUUUCAUGGUGUGAUGAGCUAUUAUGAUUAAUUUUUGUAAGUCAGUGUUCAUUGUGUCUUGUCUUUCCAAGGUGUGGAGGUUGGAUCUGGUGAUGGUAAUUCUGUUUAAAGGAAUCCCGUUAGAAAGCACAGAUGGAGAGCGGCUGAUGAAGGGAAGCCAUUGCUCCAAUCCAGUCCUCUGUGUCCAGCCUCGACACAUCUCUGUCUCUGUCAAAGAGCUUGACCUCUACCUCGCUUACUAUGUACAGGAAAGAGGUAUGAGCCACACAUUUCCAUGUAUUUCUUUAUCAUCAAUGUCUUUUAUCAUCUUCUUUUUCAGAAUCAAACGACUCAAUAUACAUGUCAAUCCCAGGUCACUAAGUGUUGCCAGCACAAAAAUAAUGUUGUGGUAACUGUCAUUAAUACAGAUGAAGUACGCCAGGAUGCUUUGCUCUCAUUUUCAUUCCUUCAUAUCAUUCCUCCUCUCUCAUUAUCUCUGAAAUUGUCUCUUUGUUAUACCUCAAAGCUGAUUGUGAUGUUGGGAAUAUCCAGGGUUCAAAUUACACUGUGGCUUUUGGGGGAGCUCGAUUUUCUGGUGUACAUCACAACUUCCCAAGUCACAUGCAAACAAGUGAGAACAGCACUUUAGUCUUUAUUACAGCAGGCAGUCAGUCAUUACAACAGAGGGGAUUAGCUUUAUGAUACUGUAUUAAACUUGUACUGAUUUUGUAAUAUUAGUAUUUUUAUAAUAUAAAAUCAAAAACAAAAGUUAAAUAGAAGAAACUUCAGUAAAGUUCAACAAUCCCAGUCUUGUGUGUUCAUUGGAGAACCUUUACAUGUUAACUGGCUGUCCAGCUCUGUGCAAACGUGCAGAAGAUAAGAUAAGAUAUUCCUUUAUUUGUUCCACAUGGGGAAAUUCCAAAAUUUACAACAGCGAUAAAUAUUAAAGAGAAAUUAAAGAAUGAAAAAAAAUUAGAGUUAAAAAUAUAAGAAAAGAUUUAUACAUGAGUGUUAUUUACAGCUGUGAUGUACAUGUUGAUAUAAAGGGCAGUAAGGGCAGUACAUCAAAUAUUUCUAUUAUUCUGCUUUUAUUGGACAAUGUUGCCAGUUAGAUGAUGAAUCAGUGAAAAAACAAAUACCCAGGAGUGAUAUUUUGUUGUUAUUGAUAGCGCCAAAGUUGAACAGUUUUAAAGAACUCUGGGGGUGGUCCACCUAGACACUGGCCACACUCCAUCGAAUCAUGAUAUGCACAAAAGUGCAAAGUACAUCACGGCUUGCAGCUUUAAUCUUUGUCUGUGAUUACAAAAAAGAGGAAUUUUACUUAGGAUUAGAAGUUCUGUUGACAACCACAGACACCAAAAUAAGUGGCUUCUUCUCAGGUGGCAAAUAACACCACAAACAGCGCUGUCCAUGGUGCUGACACAGUAUACAGUGUAUACAGUACACUGUAUAUUAAGUCAGUGUUAUUAAGGCAAGAUUGUUUAUUUGAAUUUCAUACAUUUCACUGAUCACUCAGAAUACCGUGUAAAAACACAGUGUAAUUAACAACUGGAUUGAGUCAUCACCACAAAUGUCAAACAUGAAAUCCUACUGACGUUAGGCACUGUGUGUCAGUCUUAAUUUAAUGUUGUACGAAUGGUUCAUCUGAAUGCAGUUUGCUUAACCUUGGAGAAGAGUCACCAAGAUGCAAAGGAGAAUUGUUUCAGUGUAUAGACGGGUUUCUUGUUUACAAACAAUACUAGGUGCGCACGCAACCAUGGGGCAAAAGCCUGUUUCGGAGUGAACUGAUAUCAAAAAAGAUGCCGUAUUGUUUGCAAGUUCUCCCUAACACAAUUGCUAUAAAAUGUCAUUUCAUUGAAAAAUCGCUUUGCUGAAAUGUCCAUGAAUUUCACUCAAUUUACCAGGUUGUGACGUUGUUUUAGAUGUUUCUAAUAUCAGGAGCAGGAUCGUAAUGUUUGCCGAUUGUUUGUUUUGCCGAUUCGUGCAGUUUACAGCAGAACAGCUCCUUCUCAUUUUCUUUCUCAGUUGACCCCGCUAGUAAACAAAACAGAAAUGUUCCGCUCUCUGCCCCCUGGCUGCGUGUGCGUACCUGCGAUGACGUUGCACAAAAAACCCGUCUAUUGUGGCAGUUAUUCACACCGUUGACUGAGCUAUCAUGUUAGUCCACACUUAGUGUACUUUUAAUUGAAACUGAUUUAACAUUUCGUAAGUAAAGUAGGAAUUUUUUGCCUCAGGUUACCUUUAUUUUGUUGUGUCAGUGUCAUAUAAUUAUUAUAAAUAUUAUUUUUAUGCACUAUCUCUUUAGUCAAAGACAUACAGAAUAGCUGUUUUUAGAUUGAGUACAUGCAGUGUAGUUUUCUACAGUUAACUUAUCAUCCACCUCAUCUUCUCCCCAUCAGACACUAUUUCUUUCUAUUUCUUCAUCUUAACGCUCCUGUCUGUCUGUCUGUCUGCCAGUUUGCAUGCGGAUAUGAGGAAGGAUCAGUGUGUAUGAAAAUCCUCCUUUACUGAGAAGUUGCUGACCUCUAACCCUUCCCUUUCAUCCUUUUGUACCUGAAUGCUCUGCAUCUCCCUUCCUGCUCUAAGCUGUUUAAGGCGAUGUGUAGUGAAUGAGUGGUAAUGUGAGCAAGACAGAGGGAGCACUGAAUGUGAGUGAAGCAGAGCACUGACCCAGUCUGACACUCUGCCUCAAUUUAAUGUUGUAUAUAAACAUUCAGGGUUGAAGACAGACCCCUCUCCAGGUAAAGGUGCCCUGGAUGACUGCCUCUAUCACCAGUAUGUACGUCACUUUGGAUAAAAGCAUCUGCUAAAUGACAUUGUAACAGUAUCUGAAGCUGGUCCUUCCCAGAGUUCUCCGACUCUGGAUAAAUAAGUCUCUGAAAACAGCGUGUCUUAGUGUCCAUUUUAUAACAAAGGCUUCUUUUGACAACUCCCCAUUGUCAGAAGUAUUUUUAUUAUUGGUUGUCGUGUUUUGAUUGUUGGCUGGUGGGGCAUUUAUACAGAGAAAUGUCUCAGUGUUAUGUUCUCUUAAGUGAGACAUUCAUGUCACAGACCUUCAGGCUUCUGAAUACUCUGUAUGGCUGUGCUCUUACCAAGGAUGCAAUAAAUCUGAUACCAGCCUGUUACUGACUUCAUUUGGUAUCAGUAACAAUGAAGCUGUUCCUUUCAUUUCACUAUUAUUGAUCUUUGUGUUAAAUACAUAGAUAACUGAGGUCUCAAGAGCAAGUGGCUUUUGACAAUAACUCACUGUGGGUGAGUCUCUCCAGAAGAUUGGUAAAGAGUUGCUUGAGCUGAGUUCCUUUUUUGCUCAUUUUUCUGUGGAAAACAUUUGUUUAAAUACUUUUAAUACUGCUGUGUCUCCAAACAACCAAAGAGGUGCAAUUUUUACAUCUGUUUUACUUUGUAGAUCCAGGAAAUGCCAAAGUCAAAGGAGAGUAGGCACCUCAGAACUGAGCUCAAGGAUGGCUUAAAUAUUUUAAGACAGCAUGACCCUUUGCGUGAUAUUAUUCUGCGAACUUUGAGCAAAAACACGUGAAAGCAAGGAGGUUUCUUAACCAAAGACUCGGUCUGAGACUAAGACUGAUGUUCAAAAGAAAAAAGGCAAAAAGCAAGGAGAUCAGAGAGAGGUCUGGCUUCAUUGUGGUAACAGCACAUCCAGUAUCAGUUAUUCUGACAAUAAAAUAUUUGUUUUUGGAUUCUUUUAGCCUGACGCAACGUGACGCACCCCAGUCAUGCCAUUGCAUUUGUGCAGAUUGCCUUAACAAAACAGAACUUGUCACUUAUCCCUUCAUUUAAAACACAGGGAUGAGUAAGCAAGUUGCAGAUGUAAGCAAAAACACUUGAAGAUUCGAGAGUUGUUAAUCUAUCUGAGAGAACAAUAUUUAAUGAUUUUUGAAGUGUGUGUUCCCCUUCAACCUUUACUUCUUCUAAACCUGUCCUGAGACAAACAAACAAACACACUCACUUAAAGAGUCAGCCUGUCCCAUUUGAAGUUAAUCUUCUCCCCUGUUGUUGUUUUAAGUUUAUAAAAAGCUCUGAUGUCAUUCAGAAAAAAUGCUCUUUUAUGAAAUGCUGUGACUUAUGUGGAAAUAAAAUCAAGCUCUGUAACUGAUAAGAAAAACUCUGCCGAUGAGAAACAAAAAGAAAAGAGGGAGAGCAGGCGUGUGUGUGUGUGUGCGUGUGUGUGUGCAGGCGUGUGUGUGUCUGUGUGUGUUAAGGGGGAUCAAGGUUAUCCCAGUAAGUAAGGCAAUAAACCCUGAACAAGGGUACAAUCAAAAUAGUUAGAAAUAACCUUUCAAAAAUAGGCUUGUGCACCGUGUCGAUUUGUAAUGCAGUUCUCCUCACAUUGUUGGUAUAUGCAGUUGAAUGUGAUUAAUCACAAAGCUUGUAAUUAUGCAGAUAAAGUUCUUCUUAUUGCUUAAUAGAACAGCACUUGUUUUAAGUAGAAGGAUCUUGGAAACUCACCUCUGCUCUUACUCAGUACAACUCUGUAGAGUACUCAACAACCAUCUCCUCUGCUAAAGGGAACUGGGGAAAUAGAUAAGCUUUGGCAGGUGGUGGAGGACAGAUACAGGAGCCGGUGUUACCUGGAGGUUUUGUGUGGAAAAGAGGAGGGCACAGAUAUCCCAGGUAUAUCUAUCUCAUAGGAUUAUCUUGUUGGUGAAACCUUUGUUUGGGAUAGUGUUUCAGAGAAAGUAGCAGGUAGGACGAAAAAAUGGGAAUAGAUUUUACUCUGUCCUUUAAAGGACAGAUAGUGGCCUCACAUAAUUUGGUGUCCUCAAUGCUGUCUGUACUGGCUAGUAUGCAUGGACCCUCUGUCAGAUCUGCUGCCUAGAAUGCUAGCUGGCUGCAUUAGAUCCCACAGGGCCUGCUUUUCCUCUUGAAGGACGAGGGGGGCAUGGACUUGUUCAUUUGCAGAGACUGUGCAGAGAUUCCUCUCUGGACCUGCUAAUCUGGUCUGGAAAUCUGAAGCCUGCUCCGUGGCAGGCAUGGUGGGCUGGGUCUGGCAGAGUUUUUGUAUGUGACGGAUUUUCUCUCUGAUCUUUGUGUAUUUUAGGUCCAUAGAGCCAACAACUUUUGAUUUCUUGAUGGGUCAGACUAAAAUGGCUUCAGGAAAAUUAGGUCAGGGAAUUCUUGAGACUGUGGUGCAAUUUUUUCCCCACUUUUAGUAGUGUGAUGAGUUGUGUUUUGGAAUUGUUUUGGGUUGAAUUGGGUCUAAUUUGUUUCUCUGUUUUUUUUUUUAAUUGAUAAAAAUUAAAGUGGUUUAAAAAUAAAAACCUCUCUGUCUUGUCCUUUCUGUCUCUUACUCUGUGUCUGUCCUUCUCUCUUCAGAGGCAGAGCAGAGCAGUAGUCCAAGUCGUACAGGAGUGGGCUCUGACCAGGAGGACAGCCGAACUGCCACCAUGGGUAAUGUAAAGACCCCUCCAUUGUAGAGGACCCUUUUUCAAAAAAAAUUGUUGGCUGGUAAAAUAUGAAGAUGGGCAUGGUUCACAAAUGAUCCUGUUUUUUGAGGUUCACAUCCUUUAGAUUCAUCACGUGUCUUCAUAUGAGGUUAUUUUGUUUGUUGUGAUGAAUGAUUGUUCUUUUCACAGAUAAUAAAGUUGUUUUUUUUUAACAUUUUGUAUAAAGACGGACGGUGAUCAACAACAUGUCCAUCAUUAAUCAAAUACAACUGCCUUUAACUGUAACAGUUAUAUGACUCAGUUUGAGGCAAUAAUUAGAUUUUUUUGCCAAAUCAUUUGAUUGAUUGAUUGAUCUCUUAGUGAAAACACAGUAUGAGAGUGGCUAUCCUUAUUCGUCUGUAUUAUAACUUGACUGCAAAAGGUUUUGGGAUUUCAGAUUAAGAGUAAGGUUAGGACAGAGUGGUCAAAUGAAGUAUGAUUCAGCUUGAGUUAACAUUACGUCGGCAUCAUAGAAGGGAUAAAAUGUCAUCACCAUGUGCUGUGCAUCAUGUACAACUUAAACUGUGUAUACUGAUACCUCUGACAUCUGGAUUGGUUUAUAUAAACUGACUCUCUCACUUACAUGACCUGAUCCGUACCUUAUUGCUGCUGUGUUUCUACAGAUGGUCCAGAGUUCCAAGAGAGUUUCGUGACAUCAGGAGUUUUCAGUGUAACUGAGCUGGUCCAGGUCUCAAGAAGUAGGUUCUCUUGAAAACAAACUUUUAGGCUUAUCGAGUUUUACUGCCACCAUCAUUUUAAACACAAACCUGGCUGAGCUGAAGUUUGUUGUGUGAUUACAAACAUGGCCGUUUGAAAACUUAACAUAGACAACACAAAACUUUGUGUCAGCCAGACUUCACACUACAAGACUUCAAGUUGCUUUGAAGAGAAGCAGUUCUCUCGAGUCUGAGGAAAAAUUUAAAUGAAAAUGAAAUUCACUGAUGGAUAUUUAGGGGAAAGACAUUUACCCAAGAUGCCAUAUAGACACAUUUAUCCUGCCAACAUAAAACAGAUGACACAAAGUGUAACGUUGUGUUUGUCAGUGUAAAAUGGUAGAAAAUUGUCUAUACAUCAUCAGAAAUCCUUCAAUAGGAAAAUAAUCUCCUUUUAUUGGCUUCACACUACACAAAAUUGGAUGGCAGACAAAAAUGUAACAACAAGAGCAGAUUUUCUCAAUCAAAGUAACUUAGACAAUAUGAUAUGAUAUUCUGGUUGAAAUCAGAGGCAGGGAUCCAGUUUUUUAUGUGACAAUGUGUGUGUGUUUAAAACAGUCUGUGUCCUCUUUGUGCGUAGCACCUGUAGUCACAGGAGUGGGACCAAGUUUCACUAUGGGUGAACUCCAGGGUCAUCUGGCAUACGACCUCAACCAGUCUGUCAACCAGCCAGUAAGCCUCAGACGACCACUAGCCAGCACCUCAUCUAGCGGGUAAUUACGCAUGACCAGAAAUUGCAUGUUUCUAUAAAUCUGCAAAAAGACCUCCGAGUAGUAAAGCAAAACUCUAAUGGAGCUGGAAUAUUGUGUAAAACGUGAAUAAAAACAGACUUCAAUGAUUGCAAAUCCUUUUCCACACCAUGGGCACUGACACACCCCCAUACCAUCAUAUACGCUGGCUUUUGAACUUUAACCUUAUAAGAGUUUAAAUGGUUCUUUCCUCUUCAGCCCAGAGGACACCACAUCCACGAUUUCCAAAAACAAUUUAAAAUGUGGACUUGAGCACACUAUUACACUUUGCAUCAGUCCAUCUCAGAUGAGCUCGGGUCCAGAGAAGCUGGCAGUAUUUCUGGCUGUUGUAGAUAUUUGGCUUUGCGUAGUAGGAUUUGAACUUGAACUUGUAGAGACAAAUUGUGUUAACUGAUGACGGUUUUCUGAAAUGUUCCUGAGCCCACAUCCUUUACAGAGUGAUGUUGAUUUUUUAAUGUAGUGCCUCCUGAGGGGUCAAAGGUCACAGACAUUCAGUGAUUCAGUAAGAAUUUCUCUGGACUCUCUGAAACUUUUGAUGAUAUUUGGGACUGUAGAUGAGGAAAUCCCUUAAUUUAUGCAAUUGUUGUUCUUAAACUGUUGGAAUGUUUGCUCACACAGUUGUUGACAAAGUGGUGAACGUCUCCACAUCCUUGCUUGGGAAUGACUGAAACUUUCAGGGAUGCUCCUUUUACACCCAAUCAUGACACUCACCUGUUUCCAGUGAACCUGUUCACCUGUGGAAUGAUCCACACAGGUGUUUUUGGAGCAGUCCUCAAGUUUCCCAUUUUUUUGUUGCCCCUGUCCCAAUAUUUUUUUUGUAACGCUAUUUUCACUUAAUCUGAUGCUGAAUGUUACUCUGUGGAUUUAGAUUGAAAACCCUAAAUAUGAACUAAGCCAUUUUUUCUGAGGUUGGCUCCAUUCUUACCAGCUGUAACUCAUAGGUGAUAUACACGUUGGUGCAAUCAUUUUCUUUUUCCGUUAACACUGAUAAAACACAUAUAAAUCUUUUAAAUUAAAAAACUCUGAAGAACUUCAAUAGAGAAGGUAUCAGAUGUUUUACCACAACAGCCGAGACCUGCUGCAGUCAAUUUGAGACAGUGACUGAAGUCAAAAAAGAUAGUAUAAUGGAAAGAGAUGAAUCAGUAAUCCACUUUGUGCAUGUAUGUCCACAGGAGUAAGCGUCAUAAGUCUGGCUCUAUGGAGGAAGAGGCUGACAGUCCAGGAGGGGAGUAUUAUCAUUCACCAUCUUCACCUGCCAGCAGCUCAAGGAACUGGACUGAUGACAUGGAAUCAGGUAACAGACUGAGACUCAGCUGUGUCCUUGUCUCCUUGUCUCCUUCUGUUGUUGCUUGUGUGUGUUUUGUUAUGUAGUAGAAAUGAAAUAAAUCUAAUACCACCACUGUUCUGUGCAUGUAAAAUGCAGUUGUUUCUCUGCGUUUUAGGUCUUUCUCCUCCUGUAAAAAAAGCAGAGCUGGACAGUCCAUCUCCCCAGGAAGACUCACCCAGAGUGGGCUCCUUCACUCAGCACCACCGCCCUGUCAUAGCUGUUCACAGUGGUCAAUAUUGCAUGAUCACAUUCAAGUUUCUUCUCCCUUCAGCGAAAAUACAAAGUAUUAAAUUUCAUUUACCAUGUUGUGUCUCGCCAUUUUCUGUCUCCAUCCAGGUCUGUCUCGAAGUCCACACCCCUCCUCAUCUCUUCAUUUUCCGUCCUCCUCCUACUUCCCCCAUGGAGCAAUCCGCUAUCCCCCUCAUCUUGCCCAGGAUCCCCUCAAAGAUCUGGUCUCAUUAGCCUGCGACCCAGCCAAUCAAAAUCCAAGCUCUGUGAGUACAGCCUUAAAAAUGUCAUAUCUAAAAGCUGUAUAUGUGACACUGAACCAAGAAACCGGGGUCCAAAUGCAAAGACUCAAAGACAGUUUCAAAGUCUGCUUAAUCAGGCACACAGACUGGUACACAGAAAAGCAGAAGCUCAAACAGAGGUAUCCAGAACAUUAGGCAGAAAGGCAAAGUCACCUCACAGAAACUGGUCUGAAACACAUGGGGGCACAGAAAGCAAAGUUGGACUGUCAACACUGGGACACGAAAUGAAGGGGCACAGAAGGAAGGGGAGACAGGACUUAAGUACACACAGGUAGAGGAGAUAAUAAGACACAGAUGAAGCUCAUUAAGGAUAAUCAAAGGAGCAGGCCGCUCAAGGGCAGGAAGUCAGCUUGCCUGAAACAAGAGACAAGGGUAAGUUUCAAAAUAAGACACAUACACAUGUUCAACCAUAAGCAGUCUUCUCCCUGUCCCUGUUGUCAGAGAUUUCUAUCCAGUAGAAUGAAGUUUGGAUGUAUGGUUGGUUAUACAUUACAUUCCAUUGCUAUGACUGUGUUUCCUUAAGGAAAAGUGUAAAGUGUUGCAGGACUUGUGAAUCAGAAGUAUAGUUUUGGUCUUUGUCUGAUUUUUACAGUUAAAUGGCAGCAAUCAGGUUAAGUUGCCCAGCCACUACAUCUCCUCACAGAUGUUGGCACCUCCUGGACCAGGAUCUUCCCUGGCUCCUCCUUCAUCCUCCCUCACAAGGCCAACACUGCCUGCAGAGUCAAAGGCCUCCACCACCUCCUCCGAUGGGGGAACAAAUUCCCCCACAUCACCAAGUAUGUGAUUGAGAGAAAACAAGCUUCUACUGACAGUUUUAAUGUGUAAAUACGCUGCGGAUAACAUAAUAGUUCAGUGGGUGUGUCUGUCUCAAAAUUUCCCUGCUCAUAGGCUUUUAUCCCAGAUACAGCAAAUAUUGAGAUGGACAUGCUGAAUAAGAGUAAGACAGAGAUAUUAAACACAACAACAGCAACUGUGAGGGUAUUGUGAACCUGCUAACAUACAGUCAUGUCAAAUUUUGUUCACCUGGGGCUUUAUUUUCUCAAAUUAACCUGCCUCUUGUGGGUGUAUUGUAGCCCAAAAUUUAAAACCUUAAAGUGGGACGGUAAAGAUAAAAUGCAAAAUGAAGUAAUUUCCCACUGAAGAUCACACACUAGAUAUUGAGCAGAGAAGAUAAAAGAACUAUUCUUCUGCAUUUUAAAUUGUUAGAUAUCUUGUUUUAAGGGAAAAAUCACAUAAAUACUGUUUAAUACAACUUGCAAGGGAUUUGGUCAAAGACAUGUGACUGAUGUUUUUAACUUUGACACCCACAGCAUACUCCGCCCCCGGGACCCCCCCUGCCAACCGCACCUCCUUUGUUGGAGUCACUCCUCGAGACCCAGGUGGACUCUACCAGGCCCAGGUUAGUAGGUUUAGUAAUGUAACACUGUUUAACUCAGUGCAGGGAGAACUCACUGAUCCUAAGGGAGAGGGGUCGACAGUGAUCAUCUGUUCUUACUUUGUCAAAGAACAUGAAGACAAGUGGUUAGUACGGAAAAAUAACUUUUGAAUGAUUUUCAUUUUUAUUGUUUUUUUUUUUCCAAUUUUCAUUCGAACUUGGUUGGUCAGAUUUUCAAGGGUGCAGCAAGUGAUUAUAUCCAGGAAAACUGCUCUCAUGGAGGGUUUAUUAUACAGCCCCAGUUCUGAAAAAGGUGAGAUGUGUAAAAUCUUGUUAAAAACAGAUUUUGAUGCUUUGUAAAUCAUGUUAGUAUUUAAAACAGAUCAAAGUCAAUGUAUCAAAUGUUAAAACUAAAAGUUUUUUUAAAUAAAAAAAAAAUAUUUAAACUUGAUGCCAGCAAGACAUCUCUGAAGGGUUGGGACAGGGACAUUAUCGUGCGUCGGCAUUUCUUUUUAAAACACUGUUUAUAUUUGGGAAUCAAGGAGACCAGAUCCUGGAGUUCGGAAAGAGAAAUAUUGUCCCAUUCUUGUCUGAUUUGAUAUUUCAGCCUCUCAGCAGUUUGUCUAAUUUUUAGGUUUAUGAUGCGCCAAAUGUUUUCAAUGGGUGACAAGUCUGGACUGCAGACAGGCCAGUUCAGCACUUGCCAAAAAUAGUUUGGCACUGUCUUGUUAAAAUAUGCAGGGCCCUCUCUGGAAAAGGAGUUUUCUGGAAAGCAGCGAAGCAUACGCUGAUCUAAAACUACAAUAAUGUUGUUCAGCAUUAGGCGCCAGCAUCUGUGAUGGUUUAUAGAUACCAUCACAGAUGCUGGCUUGAACUAUGUGCUGAUCAUUAGUUUUGUUUUUAAUGAGUGUACAGUGUCCAAUGAGAAUGCCAUAUUUUGAUUUGACAGACCACAGGAGGAGAGUUUUCCCUUUUAACUCACAUCAUGUUCAUUUAUAGUUUCCUCUUACAGUGUUAACCUGCAUUUGUGGAUGCAGCAACAAGCUAAACUCACAGACAAUGGAGUUUGGAAGUAAUUUUGAGCCCAUGCAGUGAUUUCCACUAGAGAGUGAUGUUUGUGUUGAAGGCGGUGUUGCCUGAAAUCCACAGCCAUUCAGGACUGGUCUCAGUCUUGUCCCCUAUGGAUUGAGGUUUCUUAACAUUCUCUAAAUCUCUUUGUUAUUGUGAUAUAAUUGUCCAAAUCCUCCAGAUAUUGUAGACGUUGCAGUUUAUACAUAAUUCUGAAAUGAUUAGUUUGCUCACACAGUCCCUCACAGAGAGAUGAAUCUCUUCCCACCGUUUUAUACUCUGUCAUUUUCUGUCCUAUUGCAAAUUAAGCUAACUAGUUAAGAGUCGCUCUUCUGUCUGAACUUUUUUGAAAUAAGCAGCUUUCAUUGAAUUUUGAAUGGGCAUAUGUUUUUCAGGAAAUAACAUUUUUCAAAAGCAACAUUUGGUAUGUCGUCUUAUAUUGGGUUAAAAUGAUGAGCAAACAAUCAAAAUCUGUUCUUGUCAACAUUUUACAGAGUCCCAACUUUUUUUCCUGGAAUCUGGUUUGUAGUUUUUAACUUCCUGAUCCAUUUAGAAAGCAUUUUAGACAUGAGUGAAUUCAUUUAUCCCAAGUGCUUAUCAAAAACUUUUGCUUAUGAGGUUUUGAAUUUCUUGUUUUACUCCUUUUAAAUCCCAUUUUGUGUGUGUCUCUGUUCUAGUCUUGGUAUCUCGGCAACUGA